GAGAACAUAUUUGAUCGAUCCAGGAUGGCCCCAAAGACUCCCAUUAAGAAUGAACCAGUUGACCUAUCAAAGCAGAAAGGCUGUACCCCAGAAAGAAAUCCAAUUACACCUGUUAAGCUCACUGACAGACCACAACCUGAUCCCUGGACCCCCACUGCUAACCUAAAGAUGCUUAUUAGUGCUGCUAGCCCUGACAUGAGGGACAGGGAGAAGAAGAAAGAGCUCUUCAGACCUAUAGAGAACAGCGAGCAGAAGGAGACCUCUGAUUGUUUACAGUAUGAUAUGGUAGACGACAGCGCGGUUGAUGAAUUUGAAAAGCAGAGGCCCAGCAGAAAACAGAAAAGCUUAGGACUCUUGUGCCAAAAGUUUCUAGCCCGCUAUCCAAGUUACCCAUUGUCUACAGAAAAAACUACUAUUUCUUUGGAUGAAGUGGCUUCAAUUCUUGGAGUUGAGCGGAGACGAAUCUACGAUAUAGUGAAUGUCCUGGAAUCGCUGCACUUGGUUAGCCGUGUGGCCAAGAACCAGUACUGUUGGCAUGGCCGGCACAACCUAGGUCAAACUCUGAAAAGGCUUCAGGAAGCAGGAGAGUUGCAGUAUGGAGAGCUAAUGGCCUUCUUUCAGCACAAGGAGCAGGACCUGGACUAUACCUUUGGAGAAAGGAGAAAGGACACAAAUCUAGAUUCUCAAGACAAACCACUGCUUGACUUUUCAGAACCAGAUUGCGCCUCUGCAUCUGCAAACAGCAGAAAGGACAAGUCGUUGCGGAUUAUGAGCCAAAAGUUUGUGAUGCUGUUCCUUGUCUCCAAGACCAAGAUAGUCACUCUCGACAUCGCAGCAAAGAUACUGAUAGAAGAAAGCCAGGAUACAGUGGACCACAGCAAAUUUAAAACGAAGGUACGAAGGCUGUAUGAUAUUGCCAAUGUUCUCACCAGUCUAGGCUUGAUAAAGAAAGUUCAUGUCACAGAGGAGCGGGGGCGCAAACCAGCCUUCAAAUGGAUUGGGCCUGUGGAAUUUAGAGGAAAGAAAGAGAAGCCAAGAGGGCAUAGCCCAACAUCUGAUCAUCUGCCAGACAUACAGAGGGAAGCCUGUGCCCCGUAUCCGACCUGUGCUAGUGGAAAGCAAAGGUUCACCCGUCACGCUUCACUUAAUGAUGCACAGCCUUGGGAAGGGACCAAAAAGAAGCUCCUUUCUGAGCCUAACAGCCCACACCAAGGGAAGCGAGCUUGUAAUGUGAACUCAGAUGAAUAUUGUUCCAAAAUGGCAGAUCUAACAACUACCUGUAGGCAGAAAAUUGAAGAUAUUAGGAAUAAAGCUUGUGCCACAGAAAUGACCUUAAAUUCAGGAAGGAACCAAAGCAUAAAUUCGCCUCUCUCCCUUCUUCCGGUUCCAGGGGACUCUGAUUUUUGCCUUAAGCCUUUGCCUCACGCAUUGUUCCCGGUGGUUCAGUCAGAUGUGCCGGGCCUCUCGCUACCAAACGGCGUCAGCAGCCAAGCUCUGCAGCCUCCUGUUCGAGAAGCCUCCAAAACGGAAAAUGGAAAACCUCCCCUGCUCCCCAACCAGCCUUUCCUGUGCUUCCCCUCUUCCUCCCUUUUCAUGCUGUGUGGCAGUCUCCAGGAAAGUGUCCUGAAGGAGAGCCCCUCUGCUGCAGGAAAUGCAGGGAACAGGAGUGCCAGGGAAAGGGUCUCACCACACAAAGCCCAGGCUGCGGAAGCUCCAGUUCACUCCCAGAAACGGAGCUCCCACCCGUGCCCGUCCCCCUCUGCCCCUGCGGACAACGAGGAGCCUCUUGCUAAAAAGCAGCCUCUGGAACAGAGCAACAUCCCACUCUCUCUUGUAGUACCCAAGGAGCCCUUUCAGUCACCUGAGGCAGAAUCUACCCCAGGAAGUGGCUCUACAUCUGCUGUACAUCUAGAAGCUUUUCAUCUUGACCUCACAACUCCUACUGCUCCAGAGUCUGAAGACAAGGAGACUACUAAUUCUUUAGACCCUCAGGAGCAAGGAAAAGCCUCUCGGAAUAAAGACCCCAGUGAACCCUCUCCAGGAAAAGAGCACAUCUGUAAAGAAAAUGCCAAUCAACCCUUCCCACCACAGUAUCUCUAUGUUCAACCUACUGCUGGAUUAAGCAGUCUUAAUUUCCUGUUCUCUGCAAACCAAGCCCCUGGUGCUGUUGGCCUGGCUGCGAGCCACUUACCUUCUCUGAGCGUCCCCUGUGUCGUGGUGCCGUCAGCAGCCUUGGCUUCCUUCCCGCUCGUCUGCUCUCCCGCGAUUCCCAGCCCUCUUUCCCCAGUUCCUGAUGGUUCCUUCCCAGCUGCUGCCUCCCUGAAUCUCGGUGUGUCUGGCCUGGCAUCUGCAGCGCCCGUUUUCCUCGGCCCCACAGCAGUGGUGCCUCCAAAGGCCUCGCAGUCACCUCCAGACCUGCAGCAACCAGCUCAGCCCCCUGUGCACCUGAGUCCUGUGCUAGCCAGGGCUGGCAGUGCUGUUAAACUGGACUCCCCCGUGUAUAUGGGGCAUCCUGUGACCCUCCUGAAACUGCAGCAGCCUUCGACAGCUCCCCUCACUCCCAAGAGCAUUCGUCCUGCACAUCACGAGGCCUUUUUCAAAACUCCCGGGAGCCUCGGAGACCCCGUUGCGUGGAAAAAAAGUGAAGGCAGCCAGACCAGAAAUGCCAGCUCUGUGCAGAGGAGACUCGAAAUCUCUACUGCAAGCACUGACUAA